AUGCAGGACGCUAUCCGAGCCGGGAAGCAGGAGACGCGUAGUCUCUUCGCAACUAGUUCGUACACUUGGUCGUCUUACUUGUCCUUCCCCAGUGAAACGCACCUGUUAGCUGCCGAUUGCGUGAAUCUCCCGGGAAUGUUGGGCCACGUUCCAGCUUUUCCAGAUCUCUCUCAAGUCAAAUUGGAGCAUAUCGAGUACGACAAUAUCAUGGAAUUAUGGGCUACUGGGAGCUCUGUAUGGAAGACAACAAAAGGCGAAUGCGAUCUUCAGGAUAAAAUCGUACAACAUCGCCUGCUCCUUGGGAUCUCUUCUCCUGCUUCCCUCUUAUUCACGGCAGAUGAUCGGUUUCGAAAUUGGCCUGGUGCUGAAAAUAUUGACCAGCCUGCAAAGGGUAAUUGCAUCGCAAUCCUGACGCUUGCCUGGUGCUAUAUUCUGUCUGCCAAAUGGACUGAGAUUCAACAGCCCAGUCCCUUGGGCCGAGAUCACGACUCAACUGAGUUGGGUGGACUGGUGUAUCUCCCCGACCAAGCACAAUUUGGCUUAGGUAACAAUGCAGCCUGCUCUGAUGCUGUGCACGUUGAUCUGGGGGGAAUCAGUCACGGCGCCGCACGAUGGUGGGCUGCCAUUCUUGCUUCUGGGACUGGGUGGGAAGCUGCGAUCACCUAUUCUGGAAAAAAAUACCUCUCUCCAUGGUCAAUCCGUAUCGGCCCCCGACAACCCUUUCUCUUAUGGAGGACUGAAGCAACGUCGCAAGAACGAGAACUGGCAGAGUUCGAAACCGCUCAAAAAGGUCCGCCAUCCUCCACCAUGGCUUUACAAUACCUGUCGGAGUUUUGCUCUCACUAUGAAAUUUCCAGCCAAUGCUUAGCGGCUCUUGCAACUGCAUUGAUUAUCCCGUACCAAGGACGAUUGUGCCAGCUCAAACUUCCCAGACCACGUAUGGAAGCUCCCUUCAGGAGGGGUCCCUUACCGUCCACCUCUCAGUAUAACUUUGAGGAGCAUCUCCGGCUUCUUCCAUUCUACAUGUCCAUCAGCUGCAACACUCGAGGCAUGAGACCUCUUUUGCAUGGUCCCUUUUAUGAACCAAGCGUGUCUUGCAAUCUUGUUGAUUCAUGGUUGGAAGGGGCUUUUAAGACCAUUGAUCCCAUCAUUCGACGCAAUGACUAUUCUGGACUUGCAACAGUUCUGGGCAGACGGCAGUCUAGGGUUGCCCCGAUUUGGCUGGGUGCUAUUAUUCUAGGUAUUGAGAAUCAAAUUCUUCAGCCCGUACGUGCCGGCAUGUUUGCUAUCGACAUACUCUCCGCUGCAUGGACCUCUACUUCUCACUCGUUCGUUGGCCCGAGGCGAGACAUCCCUUCGCGAAUUGAAAAUUUGAGAAUAAGUCGAGCUGAUGAAUGCCGGCUUCUUUACAUCGCACAACCCGAUCACACUAGAGUACCUGUUUGCCCGUGGGAACCUUUUGGAUAUACAGAUCUACAUGAUGCAGAUAUCGAGGUUCGAGAGCAUGCUUGCUGUGCAGGGAAGCACUGUUUACAAUACGACAACUGGGCUUGGGAUUUACGAGAUGGCAGAAAAAGCGCUCCCGAUCGUGGUUUCAUCCCUAACGACGGUUUUAUGGACGCUAAUGAAACCACAAUCGAGCUUCUGGUCCGCCCUCAAUGUCAGGAUGACCCUGAGUCAGAAGGGUUAGCUGAAAUUGCAACUCGGAGUAUAUUCGGCUGGCUACGAUCAAAUGGAUACCCAUCGAAAGAACGAGGUAUUUGGAUGCAUCCCUGGCUCAAUGUCAACGACUCUUCUGACGAAGAGAUUGACGAUCUCUCUGAAGGUGGCAGCGCAGAUGGGGAACGGGGGUCAACUAUUGAGAAUUGGAUCUCGAAGCGUGUCGACAAAUAG